AUGGCAGUAUCAGAUUUGUUAUGCGGUAUAUGCCAAAUUCUGUUCACAAUUGCUCAAGCGUUAUGUUUGUCUCAAGCUGCUUCCAUCAGUACCUUAGCCACAGUAUGUAAAUUAGUUAUCUUUCCAUUAAUGUUAUCCUUAGUGACAACAACGCAAUCCCUCUCAGUUAUUUGUAUUGAUCGUUAUUAUGUAAUAAUAUCUAAUCGUGUUUCUACCUUAAUUAAUGAAAGGUGGAAAUUAAUGUCAGUGAUUGUUUUUACUUGGCUAUCAGGCCUUAUGUGCUCGGCGCCUUUUAUCCUUUUUGCCGAUGUUUCGGCUAAUUUUUCAUACAUUUGUGAUUUAGAUCUUAAAUAUUAUCGUAGUUUUACAGUAACGAUUGUUAUCGUAACGUUAAUCUCUUACGUUAUUCCAUUAUUUUUAAUGGUCUCUUUAUAUGGUAGAAUCAUAUUCAAAAUAAGAGCAACAUAUAAUCGUCAAGCUCGUCUUGAUCAAGAAUAUCAUAGUACGGUUUUAUUUGAUGAUCGACGUUAUGCUGCAGUGCGUGUCUUAAUUAUAGCAACAGCUGUAUUUAUGCUAGCUUCUUGGCCUUACUUUGUUGUCUUGCUUAGCAUGGGAAUAACCGGUAAAAAUUUUACCGCCCUCUACCUAGAAACUAACUUUCCUACUUUUACUGUUAUUCUAAUGACCAUUUUAGUAACUUGUUUAACAUCAUUAUAUAAUCCAAUGUUAUAUGGUAUUCAAAAUCCUCGAUUUCGACAAGCUAUGUGGGCUAACUUACGAAUAGCAUUUUACUGUAGGCGAAAUCGGAAUAUCAACAGGCCAGGUAGAGCCGUAUCUGCUCCCGUCAAUAAUCCAUCUCGUCCUCGGCGACAUGUCGAAGCAUGGGUAGAACCUCGAAGAUAG